AUGGCCGCGUCGUGGUAUUCAAUCGCGUUUCUGGCUGUCACAGCCCUUGGAGCAUCCAUUGGACCGAAGAAGCAAUUUCAAUCGAGUGUUUUAGAUCGAUCUGGUUGUGGUAAAGUAUGGGUUACGGUCCAUUCUCCCAACAUCCGAAGGCAAGGAGGAGAUCUGCUUGACGCUGUCGAACUUAACUGGGAUUUCGCCACUUGCUCAAACAGACCGACACAGAUCGGUCUCUUCAAUCAUAAGCCAUCGAUGUGGGCCAACGCAAUCGCCAUAUAUCAAGUGGAUUCACCAGAGGGUCAUGUAAUAACAAACAUAUCUCUCGGUGAUCCGUAUCUACCCGGGGGCUGGGACAAAGGCGUCGGGGCGAGGGGACCCAAUUGUCUCUGGCCAUGGGCAGGCGCGGGAGAUAAACACAUACAAACAUCCAACUGUUUGAAGAUUCAACCAACUUGGAUGGAAGAUAAUGCUGAGAGUAUUAACAAAUUGCGUAUAGGAGAGCUUGCAAUCCCGGGAUCCCACAACGCUGGUGCUUGGAAAUUCGACACAGAAAUCAGCACAGUGUCCCGGGAUAACUUCGUUCUGUGUCAGGAUAGAUCUAUAUGGCAGCAGCUGGUCCACGGGAUAAGAUACUUCGACUUUAGGAUAGCGUAUUAUGACUUCUACCCGCGAAUGGAAGACAGAUACUGGCUGAAUCACAACUUAAUACGUGUUCGGCCCUUAGUGCCGCUAUUGAAAGAAAUAAGAAAAUUUCUUGACAGUACCAAAGAGGUAAUUUUUCUCGACGCACACCAUUUUCCUGUGGGUUUUUACCACCAGAACGGAGCGCCUAUUUGGGAAGUGCACAAUGGUUUGAUACAAAUCAUACAAAGAGAGCUGGGACCUCAUCUAGCGUCAGCUUCGCAGUUCGGAACCAAUCCUGGCACCAGGGGUCCGAUACUUCAAACACUCAUCAACGCUGACAAACGACUUGUCUUUAGUUAUGUAGACAACACCAUAGUACUUGGUAACAGAUGGUUAUGGCCCAUUUUACCUCACCUUUGGGCUAAUACGAACAAACCGGUAGAGCUCUUCAAUUUCUUAGAUCGCAGCAUCAAUAAUCAUCCACUACCUUCAGCUCGCUCCCCACUUUUCUCUGCCAUGGCUCAAACAACACCCACUGUGUUCGACAUUCUCUUUCUGCGUGGAUCUUUGAGGGGAAAUGCCGAUAUUGUAAAUAGGAUUGUAACAAAACGACUAACAACUCUCUGGCGACAUAACGCCAAUAUUGUUUCCUCGGAUUUCUUUUUAGGCAACGAUGUCAUCGAUGUAUCAAUAGCUCUCAGCGUGGAGCGAUCGAAUAGAUUAUGA